AAGCUGAAGUUCUAUGAUUGAUAGCACAUUUCGUGGUAGUCGAUCGAAUUCGAUGACUUCUGGCUUCUCGAGCCCUAGGAAGGGCAUAUCGAACAACUGCAGCAUCCGUGCUUUUCUCCCUUUUCGCCAAUGAAUAAUUACCCUUCCGGUGCCAUUUCGCAUUGCUCCAGUUUGCUGACGCGGUUUAGAGGAAAGAUUGCACAAAUGGCAAAACAGCAUCUUCACUUCAACUGGCGGAAACCUCAGGGAAGGUACGGUAGGGAUCAAAGGGAUCAUAAAAAUCUUGGAUAAUAUCCGCCCAAUAAACCCGUCCCCCGUGCCACAUCAUCCAUCCGUCGGUUUUGCUGUUGGGUCACGGGUGAAACACCGUAAAGCUUCAGAUGUGCAGCCCAAAAACGGAGAACUCAAUGGAUUAAUGCAAUUCUGUCGUACCAGACGGCGAGGGGAGGGAGCAGGCUUACGAAUCUGGUGCAGUAGACGCGAUGGAAAGGGUUGACCGAUGCGCUCGGUUACCUGAUCUUGUUCACACAAAUCCGUGCGUAUACCGGCUUAUCGCGGUAUGAUCGAAGCAGUAAGCUUACUGUCGUAAAAAAAAGCGAAGUCUCGCCUGGAAUGGCAAGCCUUUCUUCUACCGGAGAUCAUCUUCAAUGGAUGAAAUGAAUGGCACAAAAAAAAAACACAUACAUCAGUAGCAGCUAAGGGGGGAAAAAAGCAGCCGAGUUCAAUGCGAUCUAAUAUGCCAAAUAUUUCUCAUUGUUUCAGGUUACAUCAUCUUGGCUGGGGUGCUUUCAUCAUUGUGGCGGCCCAGACAUUCUGCAUACUGCAGCUAACGCAAGGUGUUACCGGCAUUACGACCAUCUCUCCGGUUAGCUUUCAACCCAACAGCAACAGUACAAAUGCUGCCAGUACCCACGGUUUACCAUCGACGGCAGCCACAGGAACGUUGACCACAGGCCCAAACCAGGGCCGGGACUCUUCAACACUCCAUCCCUCGUCUACCGCUGCACCGAAAGUGCAACGCAAACGAGGCAGCAUUACCGGCGGCAAGAAGAAUGUCGUCGUGCAGCAACCGACAUCGCUGGACAAUGCGAACAACAAUUCGCGCGAGGCACUCUCCCACGAGGGCAGCGAACCGGUCGUCUACGUUUCGGAUACGUCCGGUUACAUUCCACUCACCGCCCUCCAGUCGUCCCAUCCACGGUUACCGCCACCACCGGUGUAUGGUUCGGACAUUGAUGCAGCUUGGCGUCCGGAUCCCUGGGAUCGGGACUACAAUCGGCGCUAUCGCUUCAAUAAUACCCGUGUCCAGCAUAUCGAAGCUGAAUGUCAGGACGAUUACAUGAAAAUACGUAUCGGAUUUAAUGGAUCCUUCAAUGGGCUUCUUUACUCCUCUGGUUACGCAUACGAUCCAGACUGCAUGUACAUCAAUGGUUCCGGCCGUGACUAUUACGAGUUCUUCAUCCAGCUGAACCGUUGUGGAACGCUUGGAAAGAAUGCAAUCGGUGAGGAUAGUCGCAAGAAUCCAACGAAAAACUUCAUGUGGAACACAGUGACGGUGCAGUACAAUCCACUGAUCGAGGAAGAGUUCGACGAGCACUUUAAGGUGACUUGCGAGUAUGGGUACGAUUUCUGGAAAACGGUGACAUUUCCCUUUCUUGACGUCGAAGUCGCAACGGGAAACCCGGUAGUGUUCACGCUCAGUCCCCCGGAAUGUUACAUGGAGAUCCGGAACGGUUACGGCACGAAUGGGGCACGGGUAACGGGUCCGGUACGUGUCGGCGAUCCACUUACGCUCAUCAUUUACAUGCGCAGCAAGUACGACGGAUUCGACAUCGUGGUGAAUGACUGUUUCGCACACAACGGGGCCAACAAAAGGAUUCAGCUGAUCGACGAGUAUGGAUGUCCAGUUGACGAUAAGCUGAUUUCGCGAUUCCGUGGCAGUUGGUCCGAUACGGGCGUGUUCGAAACGCAGGUGUACGCCUACAUGAAAACGUUCCGCUUCACGGGAUCGCCCGCACUGUACAUCGAGUGCGAUGUUCGCAUGUGUCACGGACGAUGUCCGAGUCAACCUUGCCACUGGAGAAAUCUGAAAGGCGUCACGAAACGUGAGGCCGUUCAACCGCAGGUCAACACGACACUCUCGGACAACAUUAGUCUCUUCCAAGCGCUCCGAGUACUUCAGGAGGAAGAUGAAGAGGCACGCGCGAAAAAAGAAUCGAUCACCUCUGCUAAACCCCAAGACAUGUCGGAGACAUGUAUGAAGACUUCCGUCCUAUCCGCACUGCUUGCCACGUGCUGUGUGCUGCUAUGCGUGCUCGGCGGCUCGCUGUUAGCGGCCUGCGCAAAGCUACGAUACCGCAAGAAAGAUGCUGCCUUCUUCGAUAACUACGUGGGCCAUAAGGCACAGCUGGACUGAGCUGUCACCAGCUACCGGCACAACAUUCGAGCUCUAGAGCUUAAGCUAUUAAGUGAUCAAUCGUUCAAACACAUCGCAUAAUCAUAGCAAAACGCAACAAUUAGUCGUAAUCAAUUUUGAUAAGGACAGCUGUGCCGUUAAGGGCUCUACUUCAGUAAGGUUCAUAGUCUGAUAUAAGCACGUAGCGGAACGAACCAAUCCACACGGAGGUUCGAUACGAUACUCGUAACAAUACUCUCCAUAAAGGUAUUAACUCACAGCGUCUUUACAGGCCGCCCCAGGGUCUUCCGCGAUAAACAUUAAUCCCUUUCCGUCAUUUGAUCAUUAAUUCAUCGAGUGUAAAUAAGCAUUAUAUACGCCCUCCCCAUCGUGUUUCCAUUUCAUCGCCAUUCCUUUAGCUAUCUCCGUAUCUUAUCUUACGUGCCCUCUUCCCAGCAGCUGAUAUUGAUACGAUCGCGUUGAUUAAACUUCUUUAUAAGACAUUGCUAAUUUUAGCUGAUAAGCCGCUAUUGAACUGCUGAAUUUAUCCGUGUUUAUGCGAAUAAUGGUAUUUUGUAAAUAAAAAUUAAAACCACAAUAUAAGCACAUGCAUUCGACAAG